CCCCCCGCCGCAAGAUGGCUGAGCUGGGCAGCAAGGGAGUGAGCGCCGGCAAGCUGGCCAGCAACAUGCAGAAGAAGCUGACCCGCGCCCAGGAGAAGGUCCUGCAGAAGCUGGGGAAGGCUGAUGAGACCAAGGAUGAGCAAUUCGAGCAGUGCGUCCUCAACUUCAACAAGCAGCUGACGGAGGGCAGCCGGCUGCAGAAGGACCUCCGCACAUACCUGGCGUCUGUGAAAGCAAUGCAUGAAGCCUCCAAAAAGCUGACGGAAUGCUUGCAGGAAGUUUACGAGCAUGAGUGGCCCGGAAGGGAAGAGACGAACAAGAUCGCAGAGAACAACGACCUGCUGUGGACAGAUUUCCAUCAAAAGCUGGUGGACCAGGCUCUCCUCACCAUGGACACGUACCUGGGCCAGUUCCCGGAUAUCAAAUCUCGCAUCGCCAAGAGGGGCAGGAAGCUGGUUGACUACGACAGUGCCCGGCACCACUACGAAGCUCUCCAGACCGCCAAGAAGAAGGACGAAACCAAAAUCGCAAAGCCCGUGUCACUGCUUGAGAAAGCCGCUCCUCAGUGGUGCCAGGGGAAACUCCAGGCUCAUCUUGUAGCGCAAACUAACCUGCUGCGAAACCAGGCCGAGGAGGAGCUCCUGAAAGCCCAGAAGGUGUUUGAGGAGAUGAAUAUCGAUCUUCAAGAGGAGCUGCCCUCGCUGUGGAACAGCCGUGUUGGUUUCUAUGUCAACACAUUCCAGAGUAUAGCCGGCCUAGAGGAGAACUUCCACAAAGAAAUGAGCAAGCUGAACCAAAACCUCAACGAUGUGCUGGUCAACCUCGAGAAGCAGCAUGGUGGCAACACGUUCACCGUGAAGGCCCAGCCCAGCGACAAUGCUGCCGCCAAAGGGGACAGUCCCUCCCCACCCCCGGACGGGUCCCCGGUUGGCACCCCGGAGAUCAAGGUGAACCACGAGCCGGAGCCGGCCGCCCUCGAUGCCAGCGGGGCCUCUGUCCCCAAAUCACCGUCUCAGCUGAGGAAAGGUCCUCCCGUCCCACCUCCUCCCAAACACACUCCCUCCAAGGACAUGAAGCAGGGCCACAUCAUCAGUCUGUUUGAGGACGGUUUUGUCCCCGAGAUCAGCGUCACCACCCCAUCGCAGUUUGAUGCUCCCGGGCCCUUCCAGGAGCCCGCCAGCCUGCUGGAUUUCGAUUUUGACCCCCUCCGGCCCAUCGCCAGCCCGGGGAAGGCCCCUUCCACGCCCUCGGCUCAGUCUCUUCCUUGGGAUUUGUGGGAGGGUGCCAAGAGCUCAGCCAGCAGUAUGCAGUCUGUGGAUAUGUUCUCGGCCGAUGAUAACACAAAUGAUAGUGCAUUUGCCGUGGACUGGCCCAGCCAGACCACCGAGCCCAAGCCCACCCAACCAGCAGACGUGGCAGAGGUGGGCGGCCUGGAGGCAGCGGUGAAAGCUGAAGAUGCGAAAGAGACAGCGGCGAUCGACUCGGCCUCUGGUGUGCCAGCCACCAAGGAGGUUGCCUUAACGGCCACGGUGAAUGGUGCCCUGGAGGGCGGGGCCACAUCUGAGCGAGCAGACCUGCCUCCGGGCUUCCUAUUCAAGGUCCAGGCCCAGCAUGACUAUGCGGCCACCGACAGUGACGAGCUGCAGCUCAAGGCCGGGGAUGUGGUGCUUGUGGUCCCUUUUGAGAACCCGGAGGAGCAGGAUGAAGGCUGGCUCAUGGGCAUCAAGGAGAGUGACUGGCAGCAGCACAAGGAACUGGAGAAAUGCCGAGGCGUCUUCCCUGAGAACUUCACGGAGAAAGUGCAGUGAGACACGACCGCAGCGGGCCUCCCUUCCCUCUCCGCCGGGGCGGCGUAGCCUUUUCCGGAAAACGUGUGUCUUUUGGUUUUUUUUUUUAAGGAAAAAAAGCAGAAAUUUUUAAAAAAAGGGAAAUACAGAGAAGGAACGGAAACCUUGCCACGUUCAGUCCAAGGUGUGGUUCUUUUCAAAGAGCAGAGAGUUAGAAGUCCAGUGAAUUGACAAGUGUUCUCCAGGUCCCAUCUAGCGGUAGUUUUUUGGGUUGAAAGAGCCACGUCCCCGUUUCUGUCUUCACGAGCAUGGGAGCCGCCCUGAGUUCUGUGUGGUUCUUAACCCUCUUGUGUCUGCUGGAGUUUUGGGUGGGAGUCCGGCCGGACAUGGGGAAUCUUCUUGGCCGCUGACCUCUCCCCACUGAGUCCAGCGGCUUUGGCCGGCUCACCCCAGGCCGCGAUGUCUGCCGGAAACUGGAUCCAGCCCGUUUUUGGCUCCCUCGGAUCGACCGCCUGUUGUGCUGUUUGAAAAUAAACCUGCGUGUACCGUGUUCAAAAACA